AUGAGUUCUGAACAAAUCCCAUCCGAAGUUCCAGUUUCUGGUUCCCCAGCUCCAGCUGCUGCUGGCGCCGCCCCUGUUGCCGCCGCUCCAGGCUCUGCUUCUGCUCCAGAAGGUGCUGCUGCUAACCCAAUUGCUCCUCCUCAACCAGAAGUCACUCCUGCUAAUGCCAUUGAAGGUGGUCGUGAAAUGUCCAACAACAUUUUGUACGUUUCUGGUCUUCCAAAAUCAGUCACCGAAGAAAUGCUUCGUGAAUUGUUCAACGUCACUGGUCAAGUUCAAUCAGUCAAGAUUCUCUUUGACAAGAACCGUCCAGGUUACAAUUAUGCUUUUAUUGAAUACGAUAACGGCCAAUCCGCUGAAAUGGCCAAGCACACUUUGAGCGGCCGUCUGAUCAACAACUCGGAAAUCUCGAUCAAUUGGGCUUUCCAAUCACAAUCCACCAAGACCACCGACACUUUCAACCUUUUCGUUGGUGAUUUGUCUUCUGAAGUCAAUGAUGAUCUUCUUGGUAAGACUUUUGGCGGGUUCCAAUCCCUCACUUCUGCCCACGUCAUGUGGGACAUGCAAACUGGCCGUUCCCGUGGUUAUGGGUUUGUUUCCUUCAAUGACCAAGCUGAAGCCGAACAAGCUUUGCAAACCAUGAACGGUGAAUGGAUUGGUGGUCGUCAAAUCAGAUUGAACUGGGCUUCCCACAAGCAAAAGAUCCCAUCUGGUCACAACCACCACCACCACAAUGGCGGUUUCCAAAACGGCCCAAACGGGGUGCUUCCUCCACCUUCACAAAACGUUGGGGCUCCACUCCAACAAAAUGGCGGACCAAACAACAAUGGUAAUGUUCCAAUGGGUCUUAACCCAGUGCAAACUUAUGAGUUUGUUCUCCGUCAAUCACCAACUUGGCAAACCACUGUUUACAUUGGUAACUUGGCCCACUUCACCAGUCAAAACGAAUUGAUUCCUCUUUUACAAACUUAUGGUUUCAUUGUCGACUUCAAAUUCCACCCAGAAAAAGGUUGUGCUUUUGUUAAGUACGAUUCUCAUGAAAGAGCUGCCGUGGCUAUUGUCCAAUUGAGUGGUUACAACUUCAAUGGUAGAAUGUUGAAGAGUGGGUGGGGUAAAGACACUAGACCUCCACCAACCAUGCAAUACAAUAACUAUAGAGUAGUUUAUGGUCAACAACACUAG